AGAUGGUGUUGCGGACUGGCUCACUUCUUGUUUCUGCUCUUUUAUUUUGCAUAGCACGUUUAAGUAAUCACUGGGCCAUGCAGCCCUUAUAGCUCUACAUACCUUCUUUUGUAACUGGUGCAGAAAAUCACACUGAUAAGAGACAAUUCAUCUUUCUACUUCAGUAUAUCUUCUAGAACUACUGUAUUGCUCUUCACCAAUUAUAAAGAGAAUUUAAACAAGCAAGUAGAUACAGGUGUUUAUAUUAAGAUAGCUGGUCCUACCCUGAGUGCCUGGAGUCACAGUUGUGGAUUUCCUGUACUUCAGGUAUUUUUGUGGAAACCUGAAACUGUCUCUGAGGGCAUGAAGUUAGGUGUGGGUUUCUCUAACUAGGCACUUCCAUGCUGCACUUUGCUUGUGUUGCUGGAGCUUAAGUACAGGAGAGUCUAAAUGAAUCUUUAUUAAACUUUAUACAUGCAAUUAUAUUGUGGUGAAAUACCAAAACAUUGGUAUAUGGACUGAGUGAGUAUUUGAAAAAUGGGAAAAAUUGCUUAUACACACGUGCCUGUGUGUUGGUAUAUAUGUGUAUAUUCAUAUAUAUGUAUAUCUGUAUACAUGCCUAUGCAUAUGUACAUAUUCACACUCCUGUGUGUAUGUGUAUACAUAUAUACAUGCAUGAGUUAAUAGUUUAUGUGGGUGUAGCCUGCAACACCACUUUCAGUUCUACUUUCCUGUUACAAUUACAUCUGUAGGAUUAGUUCAAAGUCUGCUACAAAAGGAUUUUUCUGUACACUCUCUUGGAGAAGAAUAGCUCAUGGACUAAUCAAGGCUGAAUUCCAGGUACAUGAUGAGUGAAUCGUCUGAUAGCAAACACUGAGCAUUGAUAAAACAGAUUAGGAGACUGUGUGCCUAGGGGUAAGGAGGAAAAUACGUCUUGCUGGUCAUUUCAAAGAGAGGGUGAGAGAGAGAGGUAGGAGAAGCCUUAGCUUUCACACAGUAUGCUCUUACCAUAGACCCAGACUUCUGUGGGUCAGCACAUUUAAAAGGACUCAUAAUGUUACUGCUUUUAUGCCCAUCAGAUCUCCUAGGUGGGAAUUCCCCUGUUUACAUAGCCAAGCGGAGAUCUGAAGUGGGAGGGAAACAGCAGCAUAAGAGGAAGCUGGGUAAAGAGCAAUCAGCAAGAGAGAGAUGAAACAACAGAAGUUAACUGGCGUGGAGGCACCGGAGCUGGCAUCCCUGGGAAUCUCUUCUGCACAGAGGCAAAACAAUGACUACACAUACCUGGCAAGUGUGGGCCAUCUACAUGGUCUUAGCUGCAAACCUCUCUGAAGAGCAAGUGCUGAAGCAGGCUUGUCCUUCGUGCGAUGCCACUCAGCUUUGCAACUGCUCUUCCAUGGGCUUGGACUUUGUUCCCCCAGGGCUCACGGGCAAAAUCACAGUGUUAAACCUGGCCCACAAUAGGAUAAAGCACAUCCGAUCCCAGGAUCUGCAGCAGACUGUGAACCUGAGAGCCCUGCUGCUGCAGUCCAACAAAAUCAGCUCCAUAGACAAGGACUCGUUUCGCUCCCUUGGGAAACUGGAGCUCUUGGACUUAUCAAAUAACAGCUUGGCUCACUUGUACCCUGCAUGGUUUGGGCACCUUUUUUCGCUCCAGCACCUCCACCUUCAAGGGAACUCCUACAGAGCCCUGGGGGAAAGCUCCCCCUUUUCUAGCCUGAGGAACCUGAGCUCUCUCCACCUGGGCAACCCACAGUUCUCCACGAUAAGGCAAGGGAACUUUGAGGGCAUUGAGUUUCUUGACAAGUUGUGGAUUGAUGGUGGCAAUCUCAGUCAGUAUGAGCCAGGAAGUUUGAAAUCAAUUAAGAAGAUAAAUCACAUGAUCAUAAACGUAAGAAGUAUUAAUAUAUUCUCAGCAGUUGUCAGGGACCUUCUGCACUCUGUCACUUGGUUAGAAGUGAGAAAAAUAGCAUUCAGUAUACCUGCUGAAAUGCAACUAUUGAGAGUUAUGUCAUCUUCUUUUGCAAAGAAAAUUUCUUUUAAACAGACCUUAUUAACAGAUGCUACUGUGCCUGAGAUUGUCAGCAUUUUAGAAGACAUGCCACAGUUAGUGGAGGUGGAGAUGAUAGACUGUAGACUCUUGGGAACUGGACGAUGGCAAACACAUAUUAAAGCAAACCAAUCACGUACUCUUAGAGUUCUGACAAUAGAGAAAUUAUCUAUAGAAGAAUUUUAUUUGUUUACAGAUCUUCAGGCUGUGCAAGGUCUACUAUCUCUUCUUACCAAAGUCACAGUUGAAAACACCAAGGUGUUUUUGGUACCAUGCAGACUUUCACAACAGCUUCUGUCAUUAGAGUAUCUCGACCUUAGUGCAAAUUUGCUCGGAGACCAGAGUUUGGAGCAUUCAGCCUGUCAAGGUGGUUGGCCUUCACUACAAACUCUAAAUUUAAGUCAGAAUUCACUGAGUGACUUAGAAAUGACGGUUAAAAGUUUGUCUCAUCUAAGAAAACUAAUUCUCUUAGACAUUAGCCAAAAUAAUUUUGGUGAGAUUCCAGAUGUGUGUGAAUGGCCCCAAACCCUGAAAUAUUUAAACCUCUCCAGCACUCAAAUUCCUAAACUAACAACUUGCAUUCCCCCAACGCUGGAAGUUUUGGAUGUUAGCGCUAACAACCUGAAGGAGUUUGGACUGCAACUCCCAUUUCUCAAAGAGCUGUACCUCGCAAAAAACCAGCUGAAGGCCUUGCCUGGUGCCGCACCCGUUCCUAACUUAGUGGCCAUGUCAAUCAGAAGAAACAAGCUCAACAGUUUCUCCAGGGAAGAGUUUGAGUCCUUCAGGAAAAUGGAGCUGCUGGACGCCAGCGACAACAACUUCAUCUGCUCCUGUGAAUUCCUCUCCUUCAUCCACCACGAGGCCGGCAUAGCCCAGGUGCUGGUGGGGUGGCCAGAGAAGUAUGUCUGUGACUCUCCGCUGGCAGUGAGAGGGACGCAGGUUGGAGCAGUGCAUCUCUCCCUGAUGGAGUGCCACAGGUCCCUCGUGGUGUCGUCGAUCUGCGUCCUGCUGUUCCUGGUCAUCCUCAUCCUCGUGGCUGUCGGCUACAAGUACCACGCGGUCUGGUACCUGAGAAUGACCUGGGCAUGGCUCCAAGCCAAGCGGAAGCCCAAGCGAGCUCCCCUGAAGGACAUCUGCUACGACGCUUUUGUCUCCUACAGCGAGAACGACUCCGACUGGGUGGAAAACAUCAUGGUGCGGGAGCUGGAGCAGGCCUGCCCCCCCUUUCGGCUCUGCCUCCAUAAGCGGGACUUUGUGCCUGGGAAGUGGAUCGUGGACAACAUCAUCGACUCCAUAGAGAAGAGCCACAAAACGCUCUUUGUGCUGUCCGAGCACUUUGUGCAGAGCGAGUGGUGCAAAUACGAGCUGGACUUCUCGCACUUCCGCCUCUUUGACGAGAACAACGAUGCAGCGAUUCUCAUCCUCCUGGAGCCCAUCCAGAGCAAAGCGAUUCCCAAGAGGUUCUGCAAGCUGCGGAAGAUCAUGAACACAAAGACCUACCUGGAGUGGCCUCUUGAAGAAGAGCAGCAGGAGAUGUUUUGGUUUAAUUUGAAAAUAGCUCUAAAAUCCUAGACAGGGACAUUAAAGAAUGAAUAUGUAGCAAAUGUACUCUGGAUUUUUUCCCUUGCCUGUUCAUCCCAUCACCUAUCUGUACCUUGAGAAUAGAGAGCUGAGCUACUGUAAAUUCUAUUACUUGCUGUGAGAUUAUUUUCUUUUUGUAGCCAUGGUCAUGAAUCAUUUUACUGGUUUGGACUGGAAUAGAGUUAAUGUUCUACAUAGUUGCUCCUGUGGUGCUGUGGUUUGGAUUUGUGACCAAAACAGUUUUGAUAACACAGGGAUGUUCUAGUUAUUGUUGAACAGUGCUUCCACAGUAUCAAGGUCUUUUCUGUUUCUCACGCUGUUGUGCCACUGAGUAGGCCAUGGGUGUGUGAUAAUUUGGGAGGGGACACAGCUGAUCCCAGCUGACCAAAGGGAUGUCCCAUACCAUAUAAUCUCAUGCUUGGCAAUAAAAGUUGUCAGAAAGAAAGAUGAA